UUCUAUUUCAUUUUCUAAGUUUAAGAUAUUUUAAAUAUAACAUUUCAAGAAGAAGAAAAAAUACUCCCUCGAUUCUUCCCAAAAAAAGUGUCUGUUUCUCAUAUUUUACGGGAAAAGAUGGUUGAUACAGAGGUGUCCGAUAAUAUUGUUGAAGUUCCACGUCCUGUUGUUAGGAGGUUUCAAGCUAGGCCUCAACGUGAAGGUGUUGGUGCUGUUGUACGAAGAAGCAUUGGCCGGUUUGAGCUCAAGUACUUUGAUCCUUUCCUAUUUUUGGAUGAAUUCUCAGUUUCUGCUCCUGGUGGAUUUCCUGAUCAUCCACACAGAGGAUUUGAGACAGUAACCUACAUGCUACAGGGAGCUAUUACACAUGAAGAUUUUGCUGGACAUAAAGGAACUAUAAAUGCUGGUGACUUGCAAUGGAUGACCGCUGGAAGAGGGAUAGUUCACUCGGAAAUGCCCGCAACACAAGGUGUUCAAAAGGGUUUGCAACUUUGGAUCAACCUAUCUUCUAAACACAAAAUGGUUGAGCCGAGAUAUCAAGAAGUACAAAGUAAGGAUGUAGUAGAAGCCGAGAAAAAUGGGGUCAAAGUUCGAGUAAUAGCAGGAGAAGCCCUUGGUAAAAAGUCACCAGUUUAUACAAGAACACCAACUUUAUACUUAGAUUUUACUUUAAAGCAAGGAGCAAAUCUUCAACAACCAAUUCCAAAAUCAUGGAAUGCAUUUGUUUAUGUCUUAGAAGGUGAGGGCAUUUUUGGAAACUCAAGAUCAUCACCUGUAACGGCCCACCAUCUUCUUCUUCUUGGGCCUGGUGAUGGGCUAGUAGCUUGGAACAAGUCCACUAAACCUCUUAGGUUUAUUUUAGUGGGUGGUGAGCCAUUGGGUGAACCAUUGGUCCAACUGGGGCCUUUUGUCAUGAACACACAAGAAGAGAUUGAUCAAACUCUUGAAGAUUUUGAUAAUUGUGUUAAUGGAUUUGAGAGAGUGAAGUUUUGGAAGUCCGAAGCAAUGAUUGACUGAUAAAAUUUAUGCACUUGCUAUAUAUCCCUAUUUACUUACCUCGUCUCAAUGUGCACGGGAGCUGGCAUGGGAAAAAAGAAGAUUGAAAAAAAAACCAGCAGAUAAAUGUGAGGCCUAAUCCACGAGAAAAAGUUAAAGAAAAAAGCUUUUUUUGAAAAGAAUAUGGGGUAAGAAAAUCGAGACACAUAACCUUAAAAGGAAAAUGAGAAAAGUAAAAAGAUACGGUAUUAAGGUUCACUUUCUUCUUUAUUAUGGUAGCAAACCAUUUAAUUUGACACAUAAAUUAGAUCGAAAAUAAGAGAUUUAGUUAGAGAUAUCGUUACACUCUCUUACUCUUUUUCUUUUAUAAGUAGACAUCGAUUACGAGCAGUGAAAAGUAUUAUUGAAUUCUUUCUGGUUUUGACAUUAAAAAACGCAAAAUAGAAAAAUGUUAGUGUUUAUUCAGCUUGUUAGAACAUCAAAUUUAUAAUUGUGUAAUAGUGUUUCUACUAUGUAAUUUAAUGUAUUUCCCUUUAAAAUUGUAUCCUUUGUAAUUGUUUUCCCAAAAUUGGCAGCCAAUAAUACAAUAAUUAAGAAAGCAUUACAAGUGGAACUA